AUGCGUAACAGGAAGAUCAAAACUCUCGAGAAAGCGAUCAAGGACAAGAUUUUACACGACCCAAAUUUCUUUGAGCACUUUCUGUCGGGGCCUCCGGACAGGCUCGACACUGUCCUCAAGUACUGUCAGAGAAGCGGCGUCUAUGUACAGCGCAAGAACCACUGGAAUCCCAACACUAGAUUCACGCGAAGCUCCGGCGAUGGGACGCCUUUGCUUAGACUCUUAAACACAAUCGUCCGAGGUGUCCACUCCAUGACUCCCUCUGAUCCGAAUGUUCCUCUCGCCUUGUUCUUGAACCGGCCAACGAUGAAUAUUCCAGAGGAGGCAACGGAACACGAUUUACCCGAUUAUCUAUUAUUCGAUGGGACGACUCGAGGUUGGCAAGGAGUCCGAACAGCGGUCAAGGUUAUGACGCUACCCGAAUAUCGGAAGAUGGGAAUGCGCCACCUCUCGAUAUGCGCCGCAGAGACGUUCAAGGACCAGAUCGAUCGUCGACACAUCUAUUCCCUUAUGGUCUGCGGUACAGAAGCAACAUUUGUUCGAUUCGACAGAGCCGGGAUAUUGUAUUCAUCGGCGAUUGAUCUAUGCAAAAACGCUGAAACAUUCAUCCGCGCAUUUACUUCGCUCAUGAUACUUGACCGAGUGGACGAGGGGUACGACCCAUACUUUAGUACCAAAUUGGAUUCGAAUGGUUCCAUUGUCUAUUACCUCGACCUUCCUAUCGAAUCAGGGCACCCUCUGUUGGCUCCUGCCCAUGUCAAUUCCUCCACGCGCAAGUUCCAAGUGAAGGGAGUAAUCUAUCGCCACCCAGAAAUAGCUGGUAAUGGGACGACUGUACUACGCUUAUGUGAGGUUUUGAAGCCUAUUAGACGCGAGAUCAAGCCCAAACCUAGACGAGGAAAGGGAAAGAAGAAACGAAUCAAGCCAAUUCCUGUGGAAGAAGAACAGGAGGAGCGUAUUGGAGACACCUCCUACAUCCUGAAAAUUGCCUGGAGAGACACGGAAGCGUUAAAAGAAGCCGAUAUAUACGAGGAGGUGGACGGAAUGUAUGGUCUAGUACAGUAUAUUUGGGCUCGAGACAUCCCAAGGCCAUGUACUUGUACCGAGCCGGAAGCAGAGUGUCCUACAUGUGUGGUUGAAAUAGCCCAUAUUGAUGGACUGGAGACAUGUGACAAUCUUGCUAACAUCCAAUUUCCCGAGGCGUCAGGUAAUGACGGGAAGAAUAAGGAAGGGUCCAAACUGGAUACGAGUCAGUAUCGCCCGGCCCCGAUCAAACGACGGCACUACAUAUACUCGUAUGGCUUGAUGUCUAGUGUUGGAGUGCCCUUGGAAACAGCGAAAAAUCCCGAACAGUUCAUGAACGCGAUGCUAGAUGCAGUCUUGGGUUAUUGGCGCCUGUUCAACCUUGGAUAUAUCCACCGUGAUAUUAGCGAAGGCAAUAUUCUAAUGCUUGAACCCGGUCAGAAAUUCGUCUGGAGGGAAUGGGAGAACCCUGGCUUCGAGUUAUCUGAUAUCGAGGACGAAGACCUUAGACAGUCUGAAGAAAAGUUGCGAAAGGUCAUAGCCGAGCUGGACCGUGAUCCAGUAGGAGUAUUAAUUGACUAUGACCUAUGUGUGAGACAUUCAGCUGACACCCCUGUGGAAACCAAGAGCGAGACCGAGUUUCAUGCUUGCCGAAAGCGACCACGAGACACCCCCUUAACUCCAUGCAAGCGACAACGACGAGAUCUGACUAAAUGCUACUCGUUCCGAGACACUUCGGAGCCCCCUGGAGAUGGUAGCACAAGGGGGAUCGAUAUAGAUUACCGGGUGGGAACGUCUUCUUUCAUGUCGGCCUCGGCACUCGGUUCGACGUAUGGCAAGCCAUACCGACAUAGCUACCUUGACGACAUUGAAUCAUUCUUUUGGUCAAUCUAUCUAUUGACCGUCAGUCACGCUGGUAAUAAUGGACUAAAUGAAUACCAGGACGAAGAAAUAAAAAUGUUCGAUGAUCCUUCCAUGAAAAAGCUUGCAGAUUACAAGGCAGAGACACUCAGCGACCGGAAGAAUAUAUUCAAUCGACUUGGACUUUAUGAAAACAAGUGGGCGUAUAGCGCUGCGUUCUCGACAGCGUUGUUUGAGCUGGAAGACUUCGUGCGCGAAACAUGGGAAGAGGAAGACCCGGGAAUGACACCUGCCGAGGCGUUUGACAGGGUUACUACGACUUUAUUGGAUGCGAUUUCGAAUCCGCACGAACCCCGUCAGUGA